CAAUGAAAUAAGUAGUGAUCUAUUGUGAUAAAGAUGAGUCAUACAACAUGAAUUCACAAUUUAUUUAGUUCUUUGGGAAUACGCGAUAGUAGUGCUGAUGGAAAUGACAGUAUAGCCCGCCCUUUCAACUCCAGCCCUGAAUACUUCUCCAUUUAGGCUAUAAGAGCAACGACUGUGAGCAAAAGUUACACUCGCUUUGUUAUCUCGGAUUUCGACGUCUAACAUAAUGUUGUGCGAUUUGCUUGGAGGACUUUUACUUAUUAUUGCUGUAAUGCACCGCGCCGUCGCCGGGCGUCUUAACAAAGAAGUCUGCUUAUUGCAAGUUGAUGAAGGACCGUGUGACGACGAUGUUAACCGUUACUACUACAAUACGAUUACUCAAAUGUGUGAAGAAUUUAGUUACAGUGGCUGUGGUGGAAACCUAAACAACUUCAAGACCCUUCUGGAUUGUCGGAAAACAUGUUUCAAGAUACCAAAAAUUCCCCGGGUGUGUCGUUUUCCAAUGCAUGAGGGGCCCUGCCGUGGUCUCUUUAAGCGCUUCUUUUUCAAUAUGACCUCCAUGCAGUGUGAAGCUUUCUUCUAUGGUGGUUGCCAAGGCAAUGACAACAACUUUGAAACAUUUCAUGCAUGUAUGGAAUACUGCAGACCUCCAAAAUCGAUCCCUGUGAUUUGCCGAGACAUUUUGGACAAAGGGACGUGCUCGGCUUCAAUACCAAGAUAUUACUACAACUCUGCUACAAAGACAUGUCAGGAGUUUAUAUACACAGGAUGUGGAGGAAGCAGCAAUAACUUCAUCUCGAAGCAGAGUUGCAUGGAUGUGUGCGGGUCUGCACGUGGGAAAAAGCCAAAGGCAAAUAAACAAUUCGUAAGACGGACAAUGGGUCAGCUACAAAGAAUCCAAUAGACCAAACCAUUGUCAUAUGAAGUCAUGUACACCACAAAGAUAUAUUUGCACUGAUUUAUUCUAACAGACACAUUAUAAAUAGUGUCUGCUAGACUUAUUAAAAUGUGAAUCUGUAUCAAUGAUUACAAAUUAUCUUAUACAUACUAGUAUAAACAUUUAAUGUUGAGUGCAUUGAAAAUAAAAAAAUGUUUUAUAUUUUCAAUGAUUUUGUAAACCUAUAUGCAAUUUAUUAUAUUAAUACAAUGCUCAUUUUUUACAAAGUCUUUACUGGCGGUUAAAGUGAUAUAGAGCAGUGGUUCUCAAACUGGGGUUCGGGGCCCCCAGGGGGGCCACGAGAUGGUGCCAGGGGGUCCCCAGUUUUAUGACAUUUUUAUAAAAUACAUUAAUUUAUCAUGAAUUCUGUGAAAUUAAACCUAAAAAAAUAAGGCAGCACUACUUUGUAUAAUUUAAUAUUUUGUUUAAUUAAAAUGUGAAGUUUUAGAACUGUUUUUUGUCAUAAAUUUUCUUUGGGGGGGCCGCGAAGGAAUGCACCGUACACAAAGGGGGCCGCACGCCGAAAAAGUUUGAGAACCACUGAUAUAGUGUAGUGUUAUGUAUUACUGACACUGAUUACUUAGCAACAAUAUAUACUCUAAAGAUAAUUUUAUACUUAUUUCUCCAACCAAAACUCAUGUUUACUUAUGACAGCAGCUAUCAUCUCAUGACAGUAAUUUAAGAAGUGUAUUGACACUUAAUGUGACAAGAGCAAGAAAGAUAAAUGACUGUGUCCCUCUCUGUUAGUUUGAGUGGAUAUUUUAUAUACAUAAGUAUUUUUUUAAUUUCUAAGUAAAGCUACUGUGGAUUUAUGUUUUUAUUUGUAAUAAUAAUAAUAAUAUACUAUACUUGACCUAUUUUCGAUGUAAUAAUUACUUAUAAUAAUACUGAGAAUUUAUAUCAUUUACAUAAUUUUGUCUGUCAUGCUUUUGAAACUUGGCCAAAGCCAAAAUAAACAACAGUUUGAGUCUUU